AUGAGGUACCCCCUGGUGCCGCUGGUGAGCGACCUCACGUUUUCUUUCCUCGUGCUCCGGCUCUGCCUGCCCGUGAGCUUGCUGUUGGUCCUGCUGAUCGUCUGGCUCCGCUUCUUACUGAGCCAAGAUUCAGAGGAAAAUGACUCAGAUUUAUGCUUUGACUAGGAGCCCUGGAUCAAAGGUCCAGCCCAGUUUUGCUGGGAGGGAUACUCCGCCCAACCUUCCAUGCUUUUCCAGCCUGGCUUUCCUGGAGUCAGCGGAGGGGUGGUGGUGGUAACCGAGGUGGAUGGGAGAGACUCACUGGUGCGGGACGAGGACUCUGGCGAGUGA